CGCUCACGACCAUCACCUCUCAAAACUUCCCUCACUUUCUUCGUUUUCUUUGAUAAUGUCGACCGCGUCGCAAAAGCUUCAAUCGCACCCUGCCUUCCAGCAGGCCCAGAACAAGGCCAGCUUCUACGUUAACCAGCUGGACAAGGAGCUCUCCAAGUACCCCGUCCUUGUCAACCUUGAGCAACGCACGCAAGUCCCCAAGUCGUAUGCCUUCAUCGGCGUAGUCUUCCUUGUCGGCUUCUUCCACUUCUUCAACGCCCUCGCUGCCCCCGUCUCCAAUCUCGUCGGCUGGGCGCUCCCCGCCUACCUGUCCUUCAAGGCGCUCGAGACCCCUGGCCACCAGGAUGACGUUCAGUGGCUUACGUACUGGGUCGUUUUCGGUUUCUUCAACUUCCUCGAGGGCUUUGCCCUCCGCGCCGUCCUCUACUAUUUCCCCUGGUACUUCGCCUUCAAGACCACCUUCAUCAUGUGGCUCCAGCUCCCUGCUUUCCGCGGCGCCCAAGUCGUAUACUUCUCUGUCCUCAAGCCUGUCUUGGCCAAUGUUAGCCACCAGACUCGCUCUUCGGAUACCACCACCUCUGAGGGUCUCCGUGAGCGCGUGGCCACCGCCACCUCCGACUAAGCGCGCGUGCCAGGUGCUCUAUGAUAGACAAGGAGCAUUCAUGAACUUUCCCCCCUUUUCUCUCCCAUUUUGAUUUUCUUUUUGUCUCCAGUUGUUUACGACAAUAUUAAACGCCUUCUAUCCACGUACCUUCCUGCCUCGCCGCUAAACCUGCCUUCACUUUUCGCUCCAAUUUUUAUGUUCUUUCUGCCCCGCUCUAGUUGUCUGAACUCCCCUGUGUUUUUCUCGGCUCUUCU